CAAUAUCACAAAGCAAAGUCUCUUCCCAAGUGCCGAGCCGCCCGACUGUAAGUGCAGAUAAGUCUCACCCUCUCUCUCGUUUGCUUCCAGAUCCUUUAUAAAGGGAGUCAUUUGAUUCCUUGUGAUUGUCCUUCCCGGGGGAUUUGCAUCAACACAAGUCUGAUAUCCGAACGGGAAUGAAAAGAAGAGCAAAUGCGUUGGAGAAGGGAGUAGGGGAGAUGCAGAAUCCCUGAGAUAUUAAAGGGCUCCUUGGAAGUAAAUCAGUAGCAGGCAAAUCCAGAGCCUACUCAUAUAUAAGGUCUCUGCGCAAUCUGCGCUCAUUCCCAGACCAUUAUGGAUGGAGAAGUAGAAAAGAACGAAGCUUCGGAUGAGAAGAGCAGUCUUGAGAGUGAAGAUUUCUUCUUAUCACUCACUGAGGAGGAAAGAGAAUGUCUCCAGUACCUGCUGGAAACCAUUGAUUCACUGGAGGAUGAUAACCAAGAAGACUCUGAAGAUUCAAAUAUAAAUCAAGCUGAUGCCAUUGAUGAUUUGGCCAACUCGGCGCAACAUGUAGGAAAUCUGGACAGAAACCAAAGGGGUCUAAGUGAAAGCUGCAGAGCAGCAGAUCAAACAGAUCAUGAGACGUCUCUGUCUAAAAUGAGGAUUAUAAAGUCCUUCUCAGAGGAUUUCCCAGGAUGUUCCAUCACUGUCACUUCUGACACGGGACACAAGUUGGCCAGCUCACACCCAAGCCAUUUAAGAAAGUUUGAUACCAUCAUGCGAUCUGGGGUGAACGUGCAAGAACUGAGGGCACGUUUCAUUCGCCAGCAAGAGCCUUCACCAGUGGGCGAUCAUACAAGGGGCACAGGGUCAGCAGGGACAAAAGUGCCACCCAUGUCCCGGAACCUUAAAUCUCCCAGACAGGAGGCCUUGCAGAAGUUGGGACUGCUCAAAAGGAAACAAAGCAAUUCAAGUGCUUGCAGCUCCCCUGAGCCCCAUCAGCCCACAGAACCAAGCUCAGCCUCACUGAACGGUGACAUAAAGCAAACUGCUUCCAAAGGAGGGAAUGGUCCUCUAGAGAAAAGAUCUGGGAAGCCGGGAGCCAUGGACAGAUGCUGGCCUCCUUAACUUCUAAAUGAAUUGACUUGGACUCUUGCCCGACAGGGCUACAAGUAAUUAUCGAUCUGCCAUACAUUUAUAAAGCAAAGAGGGAUCUGUAGCAGAAUAUAACGGGACACCUGGCUUCCCCAUCACUACAGCGCUAGCACAUAAUGAGGAUUUAAAUACAGGAAAAGCACAAUGAUUAUACGAUUGGCUGAUUCCCAUAAGAGGAAAUGAGAUGGAAUAGAUAUUUACUACAGCCAGACUGUUUUUUUUGGAGAGGGGGUGGGUUACUGUACUGUAUUUAUAAUUAACAGGUAUGCUUCAGCUAUUCUAACUUAAUGGGACACUAUACCUUUAUUUUCCCUAUGGAUUUGUUUAUUUGUUUAAUGAGAACAUCAGGAGCUGACUAUGUGAUUUGUUGUUUUACCCUUGCCAUUGCUUCUCAUGCUUGCUGGUCUCAAACUUUCUCAUGACUUUCCAUAGCCCUUCUAUUGUUUUAUACUUUCUUAUGAUAAGAAGCCAAAAAGUGAUAAGGCUUAGUAGUGGCUUGACUACAAUACAUCAGACCAAGUGGUUGCAGGGGUAGGGGCUGGGAUACAGGUUGCCCUGUGUAGCAGCCUCUCCACCACAGCCAGUAGCAUAAGGAAGCAGACUUCGUGGUUGCAGGGGGGACCCUGUGAAGGGGGGCCCAGACUGCUUCCUCUACAGCUUUAGCCAACCUCCCUCUUCUACCUGAGAGCUAGCGGGCAGGGAUGGGGGAUGUGAGGGAGGGGCAGGCAGAUGCGGAACGGAAGGGGGGGUAAUGCUUGCAUUGCUUGCCUGGUCCCUCUGAAGAUUUUUUUGCAGGGGGGGGGGCCCAACACAGUGUUAGAACUCUACUUUUCCCAGCACCUCUCUUACCUUAGAUUUAGUCGCCCACAGCAAACUAGCAGUGCUAGGUGGGCAGGGGGUGGGUAGUGGUUUCCCUCAGCAGAUACUGUGUGCGCCCCCUGAGGAUUUUUUUGGCAGGGGGGCCAGUGAUUUCAAGCUAUGCCACUGUGGCUUAUCAGUCCAAGGACCAUGACAAAAAUUCAGUGUGGCAAUUCAUUGGAAGCCAUAUAUGGACAGUGGUGUAACUAGGGGAUCACGGGCCUGGGGGCAAAAUUGGCAACUGCCUCACCCCCCCUCCUCAGUUUGUCACUCUACCAGGAAACUCAAUGCACACAUGUUCUUACCUUAACUUCCUUAUAGUGUGCGUAGUGACUACUGGGGGGCUGGCCUGGGUGCAGUCGCAUCCACUGCUCCGUUAUGCCACUGUAUUUGGAACUGUCUGUAGUAGGUACACAGUCUUCACUAAAAGGCACUUCCUUAAAAAAUGAUCCAUGUUUUAAAAUUAAUAUGUAAGUGUGAUAUUAAGCAGUGUUUAUAUAUACCCUUCUAUUUUCUGGUUCUGACUCUCACUAGUUUCCUUUAGGUCUCUGGCUUUUACUACAUAGAUUCAGGAGUGAGAUCAGCAGUGCAGGAGUAUGAACAGCCAUUUUUACAUUUAUAUUACAAUAGCUAUUACAAUUAAAUUUUUCUGUGUAGGGUAAUUGGCUGGGAAGUAGCCUAGCAGCCCAGGGGUGUGGCUUGAUGUCAUUUGGGCGUGGCUACCUGAGGGGCCACAUAAUAAAGUCUCUAAUUCUAGUAGGGAUGCGCAAAAUCUGAGGGCCAAGCUGAUCCAAAUCCAAAACCUAUUAGGACUUUAGACUGGAAUUCAGUUCAGAAUUUGCCCAAUUAUUAUUACUGUACUAACCAGAAUUCUGCAGAACAGUCCCCUUAGUUUAUUCAUAGCCUGUACAGAGAUACCAUAGCAUUAUGCCAACAUAUUUGCACAAUUUAGCAGGAACGGCCCACUCAAAACCUGUAUAAAGAGACACUAUGCCUGCAUAGUACAAAUUAAUAUAGUUACCCUCAGAACAUGCAAUUAUAAAGUAUCCAAAAGCUAUAGGCUGGGCCAGUUUUCUUUACAAGCCUUACUAUACAAAAUGAAAAGCUGGCAACGCACAGCACAGUGAUCAAUUCCUGGAAAAGUACCUGCUGUGAAACAGAAUUGAUAAAUGCGACAGUGGAAGGUUAUAUUUAGCAGGGGUUGAUCUAUACUGGGAACAGUCGGCCUGUGGCUCUCCAGCUGUUGUGGAAAUGCAACUCCCAGCAUUUGCAGCCAUGGCACUUCUUACUGACACAGAGAGUGAGAUUUCAGCUGAUAACUGGAGGUGGAAACUGGUAAUUAUACUUACGGUGAUACUGACACAUUCCCAUAAUCUGUAGGAAUGUAUCAGUAUCAUUAGAAAGAAAAGAUAUCUUCUUUUGUUACAAAACUGCCCCUAAGCUGAUCCCCAAACCAGAGGUACUUAAAGCUUUUGACCGAUAGGCAAGGCUUUGGAGAGUGAACUGCUUCUGUAAGUCAAACUAAGUGGGGGGUUCUGGCAAAAUAGUACAACCCUUGGCUGGUGGGAUUACACCACCACCAGCCAAGGGUUAGUACAGGGGGAUUCAGGGAAUUACAACUGGGCUUCCAAAUGCUGAAAAUGCCUUAAGCUGGCCAUAGAUAGGCCAAUAUUGGUCGAUGACUUAACUGCUCUUAACCAAGUUAGCACUUUAUUGGUCUAUUUAUGGGCCCAAACAAUAGUCAAUAAGAAAUCAAGGCUGUUUUAGAAUAGAAGGGCUGAAAAUGUCAUAUUAGGCAAGGCCUACUGUGGGAUAUUGAUAUAGUCCUCUCUAGGGCUCUACAUGGGAGCAUCAUCUGAUCCAAUCAUAGUCAUAUAGUGCAUAAGCCUGAUUUACCACUACCACUUUAGCAGCUAGAUAGGGCAAAGAUAUGCUCGUUGGUCACCUCACCAACCAAGAAGUUCUACCUGUGUUUAGGCAGCUUUGGGAGGAUCAAACUAAAGAUUUACAAUUAAAUCCUGGUUUCGAGGCGGCGUCAAAACUCUUGGUUCAAUGAGGUGAGAAAAUCUCCUGCUUAGGACUUAUACAGCUUUUAAAAAUUGGUCUAAAUCAGGAAUGUUCAACCUGCAAACUUUUAGAUGCUGCUGAACCACAGCCAAAAGGACAGUGAAUGCUGAAAACUGGUAAUAGGUUCUGGGAACCCCCUUGAAACGUUGUACCAGGGGCCAACUCUCUCUGCUUUCAACUUUGUCCUAAAAUUCUUUGCCUCUGUUUGUUUUCAUUUCUAGUUUUUUUUGAUUUUCGGCUUUUAUCCCUUCCUCAUUCCUAUGCUAUGUUGUUACUGGGCAGGCCUGGUGCUGUGUCAUUGUCACCUACCACAAGGAAGUGUAUGAGAAAAUGAAGUAGGAGAACAGGAGACCCAAGUGAUGAGGAUCUGCUGAUGCCCCAGGGCCAGGGUUUGGCUUUCAUUGUAGUUCAACAAAGUCUGCAAAUUAGAGAGUCUUUUCCUUGGGGCCUCAGAUAGUAUCAAGUCUACUGGGCUGUUACAGAAUCACCAUGUACAGUUCUAAAUCUAUGUCUAUAUGUGUAUUGCUCAAUCUAAAUCAUGUGUAUUGAUUCGACUACAGAAAAAUGAACCCAAAAUAAAAGCUGCUGAUGGAUUACACUGAUCCCCAAUAGUCAAUAAAGGAAUGAUUUAUUUUUGUA